AUGGCAUCGUGGAUGCGUCCCAUACGGGACGGCGAAUACACCAGCGUCAUCUACGGCCUCAUCCGCGAAGGUCGAUUCACCGAAGCUGCCUCCGCGUUGGCUGACUGCAGUCGCCGACAAGGGGCAUUGGGAAGCCGCGCUGCGCUCUCACUGCUUGCUUUUUGUCACUACCAAGCACAGGAGUUCGAGCAGGCUGCCUCAUGUUACGAGCAACUGUGCACCCUGUGUCCAGAAGAGCCACGUUACGCGUUGAGCCGCGCACAAGCGCUCUACCAGAGUGGCCAAGCCUACGAGGAGGCCCUCCAGGUUGCCGCUGCUCUGGCCGAAGACAAGCCCGAGAUGGCCCCGGCUGCGAGGCAGCUUCAGGCGGCCAUCCGCUACGCGCAGGAUGACCUCGCAGGAGCCCGUGCGCUGCUUUUGCAAGGCGGCCCGUCUGAGGAUGACAAUGCAGACACACAGGUGAAUCUUGGCUGCCUCGCUUACAAGGAAGGAAGACCCGACGAGGCUUUGACGCUGUUUAACAAGGCCCUCCAGUCGCAAGCGGACGCACCUCCUCAGCUGUGGUACGCCGUGGCGCUGUGCCAUUACGCCCGACGGGACUACGCGCCGGCCCUGCAGCAGCUGGCUCACAUAAUCGAGAGGGGCAUUCGAGACCGUCCAGAGCUGAGCGUCGGCAUGGCCACCGAAGGACUGGAGGUCCGCAGCGUGGGCAACACUCCAGCGCUGCACUUGUCGGCGCUGGUUGAAGCGUUCAACCUGAAGGCAGCCAUCGAGCUGCGACUGGCCAACCCGGCAGCGGCACGCGAGGCACUCACGGACAUGCCUCCGCGCGCCGAACACGAGCUGGACGCUGUGACGCUACACAACCAGGCGCUCCUGGAGGCUGACCAGCAACCAGCUGCCGCGCUCGCCAAGCUUCAAUUUUUGCUCCAGGAACCGCCUGAGGCAUUUGGCAACCUGCUUCUCUUGUGCUGCCGCUUGGAACAGCAUUCCCUCGCCGCCGACCUGCUGGCCGAACACGCGGCGCUCACUUACAGACUGCUGCCGCCAUUCCUGUACGAGUUUCUGGAGGCCCUUCUCGCCCAGCAGACGGCGCCGGAGGAAGCGUACGCCAAGCUCGAGGCCUUGGCCGCCAGGCAGGCUGACCGGCUACGACAGAUGCGACAACAGGGCGCACCACAAGCACAGUGCGAGGCCGUGCUACGGGAGAGGUUCCUGCCAGCCCUUAUGGCUCAGGCACGCAUCCCGUGGGAGGCCCACGAUUACCCUCUCGUUGAGCGUCUCUUCCGGCGCUCGGUGGAGCUUUGCAGCGAAGAGGACUGCUGGCGACUGAACGUAGGCCACGUUCUGUUCGUCCAGGAAGGCAAAUUCCACGAGGCCGUGGCGUUCUACGAGCCCUUGGUGGAGCGCGAGCAGGACCGCGACCUCCUGCGACUCAGCCCCGCCCUGCUCGCAAACCUGUGCGUCGCGUACAUUAUGACCGGCCAAAAUGAGCAAGCAGAGCAGCUCAUGCGACGCGUCGAGCAGCGCGAGGAGCAACUCGCCUACGACCAGCCUGGCGAGAAGAUGUUUCAUCUAUGCAUCGUGAACCUCGUGAUCGGCACGCUUUACUGCGCCAAGGGCAACUACGAUUUCGGCAUAUCGCGAGUCAUCAAGAGCUUCGAGCCGCACGCCAGCAAGCUCGGCGCCGACACGUGGUACUAUGCGAAGCGCUGCCUGUUGGCUCUACUCGAGAACCUAGCCAAGCAGGUGGUUCUCGUCAGGGACGCUGUCCUCUAUGACCUACUAAGGUUCCUUGCACAAUGCGAGCAGCACGGUCGCACGCUGCCGUCGGCCACGGAUAUUAGGCCUACUCCUGCUGGGCUUGGGAGCCGCAGUGUCGCCUAUGAAGCUCGGCGCUUGAGGGCACUCACACUUAGGCUCAUGGCAGCUGAGCCCAGCGCUUUCAGAAGCCGGUAGACAAAAGGUGCAGAAUUCUCUUUUUCGUGGGCACCACACCAACUACAAUUUACGCGACAGCGUAUGACAGGUUCUGCAGUCUACGGCUUCGCCAGAACCAGCUGGAAAUUUUGUGUCCCAUGUAAAUAGAAGCUGAUCGUAUUGAAACCCGAGAUGAAUUCGAAAGCUUCUCUUCAUUUCUUACCUUUAACGAAAG